AUGGCUCUGCGUCGACCGAACCUUGCACCGCUUUGGCUAGGUUCCGCCAUGACAGGCCUGCUGCCUGAGACAUUCAAAUGGGUAGACUAUACAUGGAGUGGCAUGGAACCGGCGCAGUGGACGGCAUCGAUCCAAUCUUUCAUGGAUCUGCAGUUUUCUGGAAAGAUGAAGCCACCAGAGGAUCGAAAUGGUCAGAAGUUCAUCUCCAGAGAAGAUGAGUGGCGUCUGCUCUACCUCACAGAAACGGAGUCGUCCCGCUACACGAUACCGCACAUGUCCCCCUUUCCACCAUUUGGCUCCACGGCUCUAAAAAGCGCCACCAUCGAAGUCCGAAAACAUGCAUUUUGCGGACACUCGCUUGUCUACAGGCACUGGGUUCGGCAGAACAAGGACGAGCAAUCAAUCGACGACCCGGGAACAACGUGCAAUUCUAAGAACAUAUCUGCGCAAAGUCAUGCUUAUCGGAUACCGAUUUGGCUAUCUCAGCUACCAAAAAAGUUAUGUAUGCUUUGGCAGCCCGGUCACGCCAUCUCUGAAUGGACAUCAGCGGGAGAUUCUUGUGAUGAGAAACUCUCGGAGCAGGCGACUCGAGAUGUAUUCACCUGGAGUCUUGGGGACGGAGUCAAGCCGGAGGACUUAGCUAUGUGGGAGCAUGAGUGGCUGGAUGGGUUGAUUGAAGCGGUCAAUGGGGAGGACGAUGAGGAUGAACCUUAUCAAUCGGAUGACUGCCGCACACUGCCCUCAUAA